UUUUUUUUCUUCUCUCCUCCCAUUCUGUUCUCUGUUUCUAUUCUUUGGCGUCGAUCGCUUGUUGGAUUCUUCGUGCUUUCGAUUCCGGAGCAGCAGUCAUUUCCGCGUCGAACCGACCGUUUUUGAGCAGUUAAUUGCGUGAGGAAGAAGCGCCGCCACAAUGCCGCCCAAGAAGAAGGUCGGUCGUGACCCCUACACGACGCUCGCCAUCGCAGUGUCCUGCCUGGUCCUCGGCAUCCCCGUGUCCGGCGUCGCCAUCAACCUCGAGUUGACCUUCAUGGCCACGCAGAACAUCAACCCCUCGGACGCCAUCAUCCAGUCGCCGCACAUCGCCCUCUUCGCCGCCGCCGUGCUCGCCAUCCUCUCGUCUGUCGUCGUCAUGCUCGGCUCCAUCAUCCUGCGCCACAUGUCGCCCAACAACGUGCCCGUCGGGCUCGUCAGCUUCGGGCUCGCGGGCGUGAAUCUCGCCGGCCAGCUGAUCAUCCUGGCGCUGAUUUACAUUACGAAUUCGCUGCAUCCCGAGAGCAAGAGCCGGAACGAUGUCAAGUUUGCGAAUGGCGUCUAUGAGGUGGCCGGCGGCAAGGAGUUUACGAGGGAGACGUGGAGUUGUAUGAUGGGGAACUUGUACCUCGCGCAGGAGCCUUGGUCGACGAAUGCUUGCUCUGAAUAUCACUAUGCUAGGUACUGCACUAUCCUUCUGGUGAACACGGCAGCGCUUCUUCUCGGCAUCGCCUACUGGCCCGUUCGCAACUUCCUGUUUGGAGGCAGCCAGCAGCCCAAGGCCGGAUAGGGCUUUUGAGGGGAUUUUUCGGGCUACGGCACCGCGGAGCAGGGCUCCACGGGCCGUCGAACUCACGCAUGGCUGUUGCGAGGGGGAAACGAACGAGAGAUUAGAGGCAUCGCGGCAGGCGCAUUUGACGCUAUACUUUAUUGUACAUUGUAGAUCGGCUGUAAUACACUUACUUGGUGCUUGCUAUAUAGCCAAAAAUUUACUCGAAGUCGAGAUCUGCGGAAGGAUCUGCGUAGCAGAGAUCUCCGUUCCAG